AUGGCGAAUCCUGCUGAAAAUCCAACACCAGCCGCUGCUGCUGCCGUCGCUGUUAAGCUACCCGACUUUUGGAAGUCGGAUCCAACUAUGUGGUUCGCACAAGCCGAGGCACAAUUUGCGUUGGCUGGCGUAACACAAGACGUAAUCAAAUUCCACCACAUCGUCGCGAAAAUCGAUCAAUCGGUGAUCUGUCAUGUGACGGAUCUGGUGAAAGAUCCUCCAGCCGCCGGAAGGUAUGCGGUAAUCAAAAAACGCCUGAUUUCACGAUUCGAGCUUACACCGCAGUCGAAACUGGAAAAGCUACUAGGUUUCUGCGAUCUGAGCGAUUUGCGUCCCACCCAUCUACUUUCCAAGAUGCAAGAGCUGUCAUCCGGACUCAAUGUCGAUGAGUAG